UAUUCCCUGACUCCGCUAUCUUUAAGAACCCUAUCCAGCUCUCUCUUGAAAGCAUCCAGAGAACCUGCCUCCACCGUCCUCUGAGGCAGAGAAUUCCACAGACUCACCACUCUCAGUGAGAAAAAGUGUUUCCUGGUCUCUGUUCUAAAUGGCUUACUCCUUAUUCUUAAACUGUGGCCCCUGGUUCUGGACUCCCCCAACAUCGGAAACAUGUUUCCUGCCUCUAGCUUGUACAAGCCCUUAACAAUCUUAUAUGUUUCAAUGAGAUGCCCUCCCAUCCUUCUAAACUCCAGAGUGUACAAGUCCACAGCCGCUCCAUUCUCUCAGCAUAUGACAGUCCCGCCAUCCCGGGAAUUAACCUGGUGAACCUACGCUGGGCUCCCUCAAUAGCAAGGAUGUCCUUCCUCAAAUUAGGGGACCAAAACUGCCCACAAUACUCCAGGUGUGGUCUCACCAGGGCCCUGUACAACUGCAGAAGGACCUCUUUGCUCCUAGACUCGAUUCCUCUUGUUAUAAAGGCCAACAAGGCUUUCUUCACUGCCUGCUGUACCUGCAUGCUUACUUUCUUAGACUGAUGAACAAGGACCCCCAGAUCCCGUUGUACUUCCCCUUUUCCCCCUUCCCAUUUAGAAAGAUGAGGUUCCAUGUCUCAAAGGCUCUUAAAAUGCUGUUUGAGCUCAGUAAAUUCCAGUUUUCCUUUGCCGAAUAAGGUUUGACAAGAUGUAUUUUACACUGACACAAACACUUUCAACAGAAGUGAUGUCUGAACCCUGAGCAGGAGAAGAAGAGGAAGGUCCUGUAGUUUCAUAAGACACAGCGUGAGACUGGGGAAGUCAGUGUGUCACCGUGCUUGGAGCUUUGCUGCCCAGUCUCUGGUCUCGUUCACCAUCAGUCUCUUCCCACAAGAGAAUUUACAAAAUGAGGCCGAGGUUUCUCUGCAACAGUUUGCCUGCUGGUUUGAUGUUGGGUUUCUUUGUUUUCCUGCUUCAGCCAGUUUCCACACAGAAAAACAGAAAUCGAAUGUAUUUCUUGGAUAAUGGAGACGAGAUUGUGUUAAACGGAACGGCCAAUGCUGAGAAAGACACUGUUGUUGUCUGGGAAUGGAAACCACACUCAGGGAAGGAAAUCGGAAAAUUGUCGACUUUUAGAAGAACGGGGAGCUAUUGGACCAAAGAGAAGAUCGAUGGCAACUUGUACCCGGGGAUGAAAGUGAAUACCUAUACCCUUGCUCUAACAAUCGAUAAACCCACAUUUAAAUGGGCGGGAAUUUUCACUUUGACUCAAACAGAACCGAUAAAGCAAAUCCUGAAACAAUAUGAAAUAUUUGGGAUGAAAGUUGAGGCAAGUCCACAGAAGCCUCUGCUGGGCAGUGACGUUACACUCAGCUGCACCAUCUCCAGACUCUCAGAUACAGUCAGUCUUCACUGGAGACCCAUGGACUCAUCCCAGCAGAACAGGGGCAACACUGAUCAGAUCCGCCUGGAUAACACGGUCUAUCUGAUGGUUCGACACGUUACAGUGGAGGAUGGGAAUCUGUAUGUGUGUGAAGUGCGGGAAAACGGAAACAUUCUUCACACAAGUAACGCAGGUUUUACUGUAGACAACGUCACAGCUGAACCGUCUGAUGCAGUGACUGAGGGAGACACCGUUACCCUGACCUGCUCUGUGUCUCACGUCAUUGGGUCAAUGAGACUGGUUUGGAUCAAUGGCGAUGGCAAACGUGUUGGAGAAAAGACACUGACUGAGGAAGAGAAAUCACUGAGUCUGGUUAUUCAGAAAGCUGAGAGAGGCAGAGGGAACUGGAGAUGUGUUUUGUUUGAUCAAGACCUGCCCCGGCUUUUUGUCCCGUAUCAGGAGCCCAGUGGUAAGUGAUAAGGGUUUGUUCUUCAUACUUAGAGUCAUGAUUGAGUUUUGAUGUCCUGACAUUUGAGUGGAAUAUUUUCUUCCAGUUUGAGUUGUCUAACUCUGUUAUGAUCAAUGAAUUCUCAAAUUUCAAAUAACACUUCCCGAACACCACUCCCCCCCCCCCCCUUCAUUGUACACGCAUUUAUCCCACCACCCAGUGAUCCUAUUCUCUUCCCUUCCUCUUUCAACUCAUUUCCCACCCCUUCCUUCCAAUUGCAGAGUUUUCCUUUUAUGUUCUUGCUCCACAUCCACCCAUAUCCCUCCCUCUGUUACUGAUCUGACUGUAGAUCAGUCAGUAUUAGUUGACCUGAUCUAUGUCAUGUUUUACUGCAUGCCGCUGUGUACUCAAACAGUCGUCUGGUUGAACCAGGAUUUAUAUAAAGGACUUCAAGAUUAUGUAAAAGGAAACACGAUAGAAACGAAACAGAAAUGGGAAUUGGAAAUGAAUAUUAUUAUUACUGAUGAAAUGUGGGGAAAAGACAUGUCUUUUGUUCAUACGUUAACAAACAGCCCCGCCUGGAGGGAGUUUGAAUGGAAAACUAGAAUGAGAGUAUUUCAGACUCCUCUUAUGUUAGCAAGAUACAGCAACACCUCAGAUUUAUGCUGCAGACAUUGCGGGAAGAUUAGUGAUCAUACCCAGAUUGUGGGGAUUAUCCCAAAUUGUAUCAAUAUUGGAGAGACAUUCAGACGGAGAUCAAGCUAAUCUUGGGGGUGGAUCUACCUCUGGAGCCGGCAUGCUUCAUACUAGGAGAGACUCCAGAAAAUAUAGAUACCAAAACAUAGAAACAUAGACAAUAGGUGCAGGAGUAGAGGCCAUUCGGCCCUUCGAGCCUGCACCAUUCGCCAUUCGAUAUGAUCAUGGCUGAUCAUCCAACUCAGUAUCCUGUACCUGCCUUCUCUCCAUACCCCCUGAUCCCUUUAGCCACAAGGGCCACAUCUAACUCCCUCUUAAAUAUAGCCAAUGAACUGGCCCCAACUACAUUCUGUGGCAGAGAAUUCCAGAGAUUCACCACUCUCUGUGUGAAAAAUGUUUUCCUCAUCUCGGUCCUAAAAUAUUCCCCCCUUAUCCUUAAACUGUGGCCCCUUGUUCUGGACUUCCCCAACAUCGGGAACAUUCUUCCUGCAUCUAGCCUGUCCAACCCCUUAAGAAUUUUGUAAGUAUCUUCUAAAUUCUAUCGCUGAUGAUUGUUUGCUGUACCGUCCAAUUAAGUCAGCUGAUGAUGAAGAUGCUCUCCAAAAACAUCUUGAUACAAUGGUUGAGUGGUCACAACAAUGGGGCAUGCAGUUCACCCCUUCCAAGAGUGAAACCAUGGCGAAACAUCACGCUACAUCAUUCAAUCAAUCAAUCAGUUUUAUUCGUCACAUUGUACAUAAAGUGCAAGUGAAAUGAAUUUGUCAGCAGCAGUACAAUGAUAAAGAACACACAAUACACAAUAAAAAGUUAACACAAACAUCCACCACAGCAUUCAUCACUGUGGUGGAAGGCACAUAAUUUGGCCAGUCCUCCUCCAUUUCCCCCCGUGGUCCUUGGUGCCACCCUUGAAAAAUCCAAACAAACCAAGUAUCUUAGCAUCGAAUCUACGCAGGAAUGAUCAGACUCAUCAUGCAACGGUGAAAGCCACAGGUGUCCUAAGCGUUCUGAGACGCAACUUUCAUCAUUGUUGAACUUCUCUCAAGGAGAAGCUAUCCUUCACCCUAAACCUCACUUGGACCCAUGCACAAAUAAAAACAUUUCUUCCCUCUAACGUGUCCAAAGACAGGCAGCUCGAUUUGUUACUAAUACCUAUGAGAGAGAUGCGAGUUUUACCAAACUUCCAAAUUCACUGGGGUGGAAGCCUCUCCAAGACGGACGUGAAGCUCACCGUUUAACCUGUUUUUUACAAAAUGUUGUACACCAAACCCAUACCAAUUAGGCGCCGACGAGGGCAUUCCAUCCAAUUUGAGAUACCAGCUACCAAGUCAGAUGUGAUCAUAUUGAAUGGCGGUGCAGGCUCGAAGGGCCGAAUGGCCUACUCCUGCACCUAAUUUCUAUGUUUCUAUGUGUACCACAAUUCAUUCAUCCCCCGCACAAUUCAAGCAUGGAAUAGUCUUCACCCUACCAUAGUUACCCAACCAGAUGCAACUACAUUUAAAGUAGCUAUUUCUUCCCAAGAACCCUUUCUGGCGUAAGUUCGCUCUCCACCACCUCCAGUUUAAAUUCCAUUUGGAAUAUUUUGGAGGACCACUAAACCAAGAACCAAGAUUAGAGGGUAUGUGUAGGAGAGAACUGCAGAUGCUGGUUUACACCAACGAUUGACAUAAAAUGCUGGAGUAACUCAGCGGGACAGGCAGUAUCUGUGGAGAGAAUGAAUGGGUGACGUUUCGAGUCGGUGGUGGCACAUGACGUUGUUCAUUUCCACAAGGAAUGUGAAAGAAGCAUCUUGUCACUCACAUAUGAACGUUCUUCCUCUGCAUCCUCCAAAGACCGAGAACGUCCCAGGGGAUAAUGAAUUUAACAAAUCGGCUCAGAAUGGGAACAAGUUGCUUCAAAUCGGGAUCUCUAUUCAGAUCUUAAACGUUCAGAAAAAUGGUUGCGGAAGUAUUUCUUCCCAUUGAGUAUAGAAGCUGGGAUGUAAUGUUACAAUUGUACAAUG